GGCAGUGUGGGUCGCUGUCCGCUUCUGUUCAGUGUUCCCAGUGUCCCGUCCUCAGCCAGGCUGCGAGCAGAUGCUCCUGCAUGAAUGCGCGUUAGCCCUCCGGUGCCCGAAACAAUGGACAACUCGAAGAAUGGAGCUGUUCCUGGAGAGCCAGUGAAGAGAGAUGAGAACUCGCGGAGAGGAAACUGGGGGAACCAGAUCGAGUUCGUCCUCACCAGCGUGGGCUACGCGGUGGGCCUGGGCAAUGUGUGGAGAUUCCCUUAUCUCUGCUACAGAAACGGAGGCGGGGCCUUCAUGUUCCCGUACUUCAUCAUGCUGGUGUUCUGCGGCAUCCCCCUCUUCUUCCUUGAGCUCUCCUUCGGACAGUUCGCCAGUCUCGGAUGCCUAGGGGUGUGGAAGGUCAGCCCCAUGUUCAAAGGGGUAGGCUACGGCAUGAUGGUGGUGUCCACCUACAUCGGGAUCUACUACAACGUGGUGAUCUGCAUCGCCUUCUACUACUUCUUCAUGUCCAUGACCAACCUGCUGCCGUGGACCUACUGCAAUAACCCCUGGAACACGCCGGACUGCAGCGGGGUGGUGAGCGCGUCCCGCUUCAACAGCUCCCUGGCCAACGCCUCGGCCGUGGUGUCCGGCGUCGCCGAGCUGGUCAACCGCACCAAGAGGACCAGCCCCAGCGAAGAGUACUGGAAACACAAGGUGCUGAACAUCUCGGACGACAUUGGGAAUUUUGGGGAGGUGCGUCUCCCCAUCCUGGGCUGCCUGGCAGUGUCCUGGGUGGUGGUGUUCCUCUGCCUCAUCAGGGGAGUCAAGUCCUCUGGCAAGGUGGUGUACUUCACCGCCACCUUCCCCUACGUGGUGCUGACCAUCCUCUUCAUCAGAGGCAUCACUCUGGACGGGGCCGUCAAUGGCAUCGCCUACUACCUGACCCCGCAGUGGAAGAAGAUCCUCGAUGCCAAGGUUUGGGGAGAUGCCGCGUCUCAGAUCUUCUACUCUCUGGGCUGUGCCUGGGGAGGCCUCAUCACUAUGGCGUCCUACAACAAGUUCCACAACAACUGCUAUCGAGACAGCAUCAUCAUCAGCGUCACCAACUGCGCCACCAGCGUUUACGCCGGCUUCGUCAUCUUCUCCAUCCUGGGCUUCAUGGCGCACCACCUGGGGGUGGACGUGUCCGAGGUGGCAGACCACGGGCCCGGGCUGGCGUUCGUGGCCUACCCAGAAGCCCUCACGCUGCUGCCCAUCUCCCCUCUCUGGUCCCUCCUGUUCUUCUUCAUGCUCAUCCUUCUGGGCCUGGGCACGCAGUUCUGUCUGUUAGAGACCCUCGUCACUGCCAUCGUGGAUGAAAUCGGCACAGACUGGAUCAUCAGGAACAAGACGGUGGUCACGCUGGGAGUGGCUAUUGUAGGCUUUCUCCUGGGAGUGCCGCUGACCACUCAGGCUGGGAUUUAUUGGUUGCUGCUCAUGGAUAACUACGCUGCCAGUUUCUCCCUGGUCGUCAUCUCUUGCAUCAUGUGUAUCUGCAUCAUGUACAUAUAUGGACACAAGAACUACUUCAAAGAUGUGGAGAUGAUGCUGGGCUUCCCCCCUCCCAUAUUCUUCAGGAUCUGCUGGAGAUUCGUGUCGCCCGUCAUCAUCACUUUUAUCCUGAUCUUCACAGUCAUCCAGUACAAGCCAAUCACCUACAACGAUUACAUCUACCCCAACUGGUCCCUCAUCAUUGGGUUCUUCAUGGCGUUGUCCUCGGUGAUCUGCAUACCCAUCUUUGCCCUCUACCAGAUUGCCAAUUCUGAAGGGACCACGUUCAUAGAGCGGUUGAAGAACUCGGUGAAGCCGGACCGGAGCUGGGGCCCGGCCCUCAUGGAGCACCGGAUAGGGCGGUACGCGCCGGGCGGGGCCUCGGGCCCCGACGGCGGCCUGGAGGUGCGGGCCCUGAAGGAGGAGCCGAAGGAGGAGGAGAAGGAGAAGCUGGACGAGAUCAGCCUCACCAUCCAGGGCAGCAACGGCUCCACGCACAACCCCAACCCCAACCCCAACCCCAGCGCGUAAAAGACCCCGCCCCCGCCCGGACCCACACCCUUUCCCACCCUGCACAGUGGGGGAGAGAACCAUGCUCGCUGGAGACCCUUACAUAUUGUAAGGGCUUAUUUUAUCUAACCUCUAGAAAAUUGGUCGUCAUCCAAAAUGUUUUAUUUGUCCACAUAAUUUAAUAAUGCAUUUUUUUUGUUUUCCUUCUCUUUUCUUUUUUUUUUUUUUUCUUUUUUUUAAAAAACAGAUUUUUUUUUUUUUUCAUAUGCAUGAAAAUCUACAAAAAAAAUUUUGUGCAUACACUGUUUGUGACUAGGGAGCAGUGAGCGUUCAUUUCUCCAGACUGUACAAAAAACAAAACAAAAAGAAAAAAGCAUUCAGACGUGAUAGCAGCGACGCCACUUGUAAAACAGGCCACUUGGGUGUAGAGAGAGUGCGGGCUGGUUUAAAGCUGGAGACCAAAUGUUCUUUAGCGCCGACAAGUCCAGGUAGCACCGCUCUGCUGAUCUGCAUGUUCUUUUUUUUUGUUCUUUCACCGUACGGUACAGUACGUUACAGCUCUUGGUAUUUGGCGCCUUGAUCCGUAGUCUCGACUUAGACUGUUGUUCGAAAGCUGCUUUUAAAUUAUUGAGAACAACAACUAAUGAGUCUCUUCGGAGCCCCUCGGAGUGCCGUUUUGGUGUGUCAAGUUUGUCUGCUGUUUUUCUUUUCUUUUCUAUACUUCACACAGGAAAAAACUCUCUGCUUACCAUAAUUUACCUUUUCCUACUGCAAGGUACAGAUACAAGUUUUCAUGUAGUGUGAAUUAUGAAACUCAAAAAAUUGUAAAAAACCAUUUGGAAUGUACAUACCAUACAUGCAAUAGGGAUGUGAAUAAUGGUUUUAAGUGUUUGGAUACUUGUUAUCUAUAAAAGCUAACUUUGCUACUCAAAAAAUAAUGAAUUAGGUCUUACCUCCUGUCAUUGGGAACUUAGCCAUGUUACCAACUGUAUGGCUUGCAGAAGAAGGAACAUAUUCAGACUAACCAGAGAUCAAAGGCUCUAGCUUUAAUCUCUCCCUGUACAAUAAUUUGCAGGCCAAUCAAUUUGACGCUAUCAAAUUAAAAAUGAAUCCCCCAAUUAACUACCCGACAUACAGGUGCUUUCAUGUGAGUCCAUGUCAGCUAAGAGCUGAUGUUCCGUCAGUGUUGCAUUUGACUGAAGCGCCCUCUAAUGGGAGACUUCAGCAUGUCAUUCUUGCGACCGAUCUGGAUUUUAGUUUGAAUCCCGGAAGGAAAAGGGGGGGAAAAAUGUACUCUUUCUUUAAAAUAGAAAGUGUUUUUAUCAGUUGUUCAUUAAGCGCUUACCCGGUGCAGCGGCUUUUAACGAGUCCCCAGACACUGGCCAUUAUCCCUAGCAUGUACACAGAUGUCCCUCUGCAUACUGGUACGAGAAGGAUAUCUGACUCCAGCUUUCUAAACGGCUGUCCUGAUUGGUUAAAGCACUUUUUUUCCCCUCCACGCCCAUUCUCAGGGUCCCAGCUAGCUUGCUUUGAGAACAUUAAGGAUCGCUUUGAUUUGCGGAGGGGGAGGAGUCUAUGAGCGAAAGAUCCUAGACGAGCAGUAACCCACGGAAACUGAAACUGUUAGUGGCUGCUCCGGUGCAGCUUCUGUAUAGUCUUCCAGACAUUUUCCUGUGAAAUGCAUCGUGAGACAAUUUGUGUCUCAUUUGUGAAGGGAGCACUGGACUUCAUAACCUUAGAAAAUAGUUUACUUGUCUGCACACUAAGGAGAUGUGAUGGCCUCUCGUUUCUUAUUAUUAUUAAUUGCCCUGAAGCAGGGGGAAGAAGGCAUGUUUACCAAAAACACACAAAGCAUGCGUAGAGUGAUCUACCUUGGUGCCAUUGCGGGAGUAUGGGGUUUCAAUAAAUGUAGGAAGUUUUUUUUUUCUUGCAAAGGGGAGGAAUUAUGCCUUUUGGCUGUUGCAGAAGAAAGAGUUUGAAUUUUAGCUCAAGUUUUUUUUUUCUGUAGCACUGAGGGGAGUGGCCAAACUGAUGAGUGCAGAGCAGGAAGCAGAAACAGCAUUUGCCCCUCAGUUGGCCAGCCCCCCCCCCCACCCCAGUCCCCGCCCCCAAGAAAGAAAUGGGCGGUGCUUAACUCAACGAUGAACAGAGGUCAUUAUUAUAGGAUCAUGGAAUUCACACGUAGUCAUACGUACAAUAGUUUACAUUGUAGUGUUGUCGUUUUUUCAUUAUUGUAAAGUAACAUAGUAAAUAAUUAUAAAGAAAGGAAACAAUGUUUAUUUUGUAAAGAAACUACAGUAUCUUGAGUAAUAAGAGUAAUGUUUACCAUUCCUCAUUUGUGACUUGAUUUUUGUAGAUUUUUUUUCCUGUUUUUUUUUUUUUUUUUUUUAAUUUUCUGGUACAGUGGGGCCUGGGUGCUGAGGCAGUCAAUAUUUGGGGUGAAGUGUGGACGGGGGUUGGGAGUUUGAUCAGUUUGACAAAAAAAAAAAAGUCUUUCUGAGAUGCCGCACAAUU